CAAAACAUAAACAUGUCAAAGCUCAUUCUAAUCCUCACCGUACAAAUUCUCCUCCUCACCACAUUUGCCUCCGCCGGAGACCGUGGGGACUUCGCAAGAACAAUGAAUCCAAAACGCCUCCACAUGAAAGAAAAACUCACUCAUCUCCGAGUGUACUGGCACGACAUCAUAAGCGGUAGAAACCCUAGUGCCAUCGUGAUCAAAAAACAUGUUGCGAAGCACUCCUUCGGAUCAAUCACAAUGAUAGACAACGCACUAACAUCUGAUGUGCCGAUUAACUCUACUUUGGUGGGUCAGGCCCAAGGUUUCUACGCAGGAGCGUCCCAACAUGAGACAAGUUUCUUGAUGGCGAUGAAUUUCGCUUUCAAGACAGGGAAGUAUAAUGGAAGCACGAUCACGAUUCUUGGUCGGAACGCUAUUUUUUCUGAGGUUAGGGAAAUGCCGGUGGUCGGAGGAAGUAGAAUCUUCCGGUUCGCUAGAGGUUAUGUCGAGGCUAGGACUAAGUGGUUCAAUCAAAAAUCAGGAGAUGCCACCGUUGAGUAUAACUGUUUUGUCUUGCAUUACUAA